AUGGUUCGCACUAGACUCGUCGCAUCACGCUCUAUGCCGCCUUCCCGUGUAUCGAGGAAGACGUUGGCGAGGCAAGAAUCAACAGUAGAUGCACUGGCUUUUCCUUGUUCUUCCGUUGUAGAUGAUGAAUAUCAGAAGAGCACACCAUAUACACGAAUUCUUCGACCUAAGCGACGGAAUCUGACAUCGAGCAAAAAAGAGCGCAGCAUUGGUGAGGAUGGUCGAGAGAAGGGCAGGAUGAGCAUAAAGCAAAAAGAGGAAGACGACGAGCCAGAAAGAAGAGUAACACGACUAUCUUCAAAGAAACGUACACUACGCAACCAAUCCACAUCCACGACAGCAAAAAAGCUCAAGAUCCGCCCCCCUAUUUGCACAGCCAACAACACUAGAUCCACGACUAAGCCCAGCGAAACCAGGCCCCACGCUUCUCACUCAGGCUCCAUCAUAACCCAACCGCCUCACCACAGCCUCCAAUCCAACCUACACCCAACCCCACCUUUCCCACCAUACCUUGGCCUCCUCGGCCCAUACAUGGCCUUCCAGCUCUCCCUCUCCAAUCUCCACGGCCCCGCCUACACUACCGCCCAAACCCACAUGGCCUCCGUACUCAACACACUACAGCAGCUCAAAGCCGACUCCGAAGCCCGCUGUGCCCACGAUACCUUUACUCACGAACCCCACCUCACAACUGGAAUCUCAACCGCGACUCAAAAAAGCAGUGUACAAACGCCUCUGCAAAAGGAGCACAGGGCCUCAGACGUGUUACCCCGGAAGAUGCGCGAGCUAAACGAGCAGACGAGAAGGAGACUCGAGACCGAAGCUAGGAAGGACGGGAUGCGGGGAAAUGGCAGGCGAAGGGGAAGUAUACGAGGGAACCGGAGGGAGAAAGUAACUUCUUUCUUCUCGCGUUCAGCGACAUCAAGUCCAGCGUCCGAAACAAGUACUACCGCCUCCGAUGACGAAGAUGCAAGUCACAUGCAGUAUUCCAAGCACGCCUCCUUGCUGUCAAGUACAUCCUCAUUUCACGAUUCUGAAUUCAGCGAUGCAUAUUCUGCGUAUACGAGUUCUGUCAUUGAGAUCGAUAAUGAAGAGUAG